UGCACUUUAGGGCAGCCCUCAGCACUCUACGGGCUCCCGUGCCCCAGGAGGGUCCCCCAUUGUCCUUUAGGGGCUCCUCAGGGAGCUCCUUACGGGGCGCCUCACGGGGUCCGGAGCUCCUGAGGGACCCCUCCGUGUCUGAGGUCCGCCUGUGCCUCAUAGCGCUUCCCAGCACCUCAGGGACCCCAAACACCUCAGGGACCCCAAACACCUUAGGGAGCCGCUCCCCUCGGGAGCCCCUCUCCGUCUCUGGGGCUUUCCCCGCUCCCGCAGCGCUCCCUCAGCGCCUCACGGCUCCCGCGCCUCAGCCCCGCCGCCCCUCGGGUCUCAGGGGUUCCUCACGGUGCUGCUGUGUGAGGGGCAGGACCCAGCCCCCUGUGCACCCCGACCGGGCCUGGGCUUCCGCUCAUAAAACCCCUCAGAAACCUCUCAAAAAAAUGAGUAAAACCCAUUUUCGGAGCCAUGGCUGCUUUUUUAAGGGCUGUGGUUCCUCACCUUUCCAACAGCAGGCACAAGGGGCAGAGUGAGGGGUGCAGGGCUGAGGGUGUCACCGAGCAGUGCGUUCCUGAAGAUGCAAUUUAUCUUUUCCCUUUCAGUACUAAUUUGCUGAUAUUCAGUGAUAAGGUGACUGCAGAGUGGGGGAGCAUUGGAGUUCCAGGGCAAGUUCUGUCCUUCCAGCCCUGGGUUUAGUUACAAGUGGAAGGCAGGUCUUUGAAACACAGGAUGGCUGUUCAGCAGCUAGUCAAGCAAAAGAAAAAGCCCUCUAAGGAGGCAGUGCUGUUCCCUGAGAGCAUCACCACAGAGCAGCAGUCCCUGGUGCUGGUGAAAAGGCUCCUGGCCAUCUCUGUGUCCUGCAUUACCUACAUGAGGGGGCUGUUCCCUGAGAGCUCCUACGGCACUCGCUAUCUGGAUGACCUCUGUCUGAAAAUUCUGCGAGAAGAUAAAAGCUGUCUGGGAUCAUUGCAGAUAGUCAAAUGGAUUCAAGGUUGUUUUGAUGCUUUGGAGAAGCAGUAUCUACACGUGGCUGUCCUUGCAAUUUACACCAAUCCUGAGACAGUCACUGAAAUGUAUCAAUUCAAAUUCAAGUACAAAAACAAGGUGCCCCAGAUGGACAUCAGCAGCAACCACAGGGAGUUUGUGGCCGGGCUGUGCAGCAAGGAUGUCAAACAUGCCAGCAGGCUCCUGCUCAGGACCCUGUACCUGCUCAUGCAGGACCUGGGGCCACUGCCCAAUGACAUCACCCUGAGCAUGAAACUCCUCUACUACAACCAUGUCACUCCCAAGGAUUACCAGCCCCCUGGCUUCAAGGAAGAUGGCAGCCCUGGGGACCUCUUGUUUGCUGGGGAUCCCAUCAACCUGAAAGUGGGCUCAGUCUCCACUGAUUUCCACCUCAUGAAAAUCAGAGUGACAACUGAGAAGAAGAGGGUGAAGAAGGCUGACAACACCCUGAUCCAGAAGAAUGGCCCUACUGAGAUCUCCCACCAAGGGCUGGACUGUGAGGAAGAUGAGGAGGAGAGCACAGAGAAUCAUCCUUGCCCUGUCAGAGCAGAUUCAAAUGAGCAUGAAGGGGAUAUAAGUGGCACCCAUCCAGGUAGAAAAACAGAAGCAUCUUCUUUAUGCCUUGAAGAGAAAGGUAGCAAGAAGAGAGGAAUCAAGGAGGAGACAAACAGGAUGCCUUGCUCAAGGGCUUGUCAGGAGAUAAACCUCCUGAACCUUGCCUUCAGCCAGGAAGAGGUAAUAGGACCUGAGAAGAAAAGGAAGGUCAGUGAACCAGAGAAGCUGCCUCUGAAAGCAGGAAAUUAUGUUCGUUCUGACACACAAUACAUUUGGAAGGUGUGAGUUUGCAUUGUCAUCUGACUGGUACAGACCAAUGUUUAACUCUUCCCCAUCCCACGUGUAUUUCUGCAUGUUUAUUUGUCUCCUGAAAACUCUGGAUUGCCAAGAGACAGCAAGCACCAGAGCUGCCAUGGCAUUGCCAGCCAGCUGCACUUGUUUGAUGUUCUUAAGCUGAGAAUUUAUCAUUCCACAUGAGCGGUGUCUGUGUGCUUCUUUCUGCCUCUUUCCCUCACACCCCCUGCCCCUCACUGCCUAAGUCCCCUC